UAAGUGUUUAUUUUUUUUUGCGUCUUUCCCAUAAGGAAGGACGACGACCAAAACAGCUGAGAGCGAGAGAGAGAGAGAGAGAGAGAGAGAGACCGAGAGACCGAGAGAGGGACCUAGGGAGAUCUCAACAGCGGUGUUCGUUCCUUGAGAGACACCUCUCUCUCUCUACGACGCGCAUUCCCAAUUUGAUACAUUCUCCGUAAGAUUUGAUUGUGUCUGUUUUGCCAUUUGAAGGAUGCCUCUACUAAAAAAGAAGUCACAUAGACUACUGGAGCCACCAAAUAACUUGGAGCCUCAAGAACUUGUUUAUCAAGUUCGUCUCACAAAGGAGAUUUUUAGAGAUUAUCAAUUGUACUUGAAGAGGAUUAAUCUGUACCGCAAGCGAGUUUGGACAUGCAAAUCUACUGGUAAGACUACCUUGACCUACGAGGAGGCCUUAGACUCAGAAAAACUGGCAAGCAAGAAAGUUCAAACUCUGGCGAGAGAGCUAGUCGCACCUGCUUUACGCAUCAUCCAAUUCAGUACGCUGUCAUUGAAAGAUCUUGCUGACAAAAUAGCGACAGAGUUGCAAAAUUGCUUUUACGCUGGUGCAGAGUUGUAUGGAAAAAGGGAUGGGGAACUGCAUCCGUGCAAAAUCUUGAAGAUAUUAACAGAUGGGGAUAGUAAACCUCAGUAUGAGGUAGGCUUCCUUUACAAAGAUAAGGAAAUAAAUGAGAACACAGUGCUGUUUGGGGAGGAUCUGUCAUGGAAGAAGUUUCCAUUUAGUAGAAACUUUCUGAAGUCUUUCAUUAGGGAUUCCACAUGCCACAGUAUACCUUGGGUAGUAAAUGAUUUUCUGGCUAAAGCACAUGAUAUCACGAGAAAAAUUCCCAAGGAACUUCAGAACAAAUAUGUCUUUCAGAAUGGAGAACUGGUUCAACAAAGAAAGCAGGAAGGUAAAACCGGAAGGGAAAAAGGAAAAAGAAAGAGAGCAGAAAAUGGUAAACAGAUUGCAGAGGAGACAGAUAGAGAUGUUAAUGAGUCUGAGGAAGAGGCUAUCAAUUAUCCAAUUGAAGAUUCACUGUUGCCACCUGAUCUUGAUGACACUGAUAUCACUCAGCGGCCUUCUCUUUCGCGGGAUUUUAGUGUUCCAAUGGAUUGUGUUGGGGAUCUACUUAUGGUCUGGGACUUUUGUACCUCAUUUGGUAGACAGUUGCAUCUAUGGCGAUUUUCUCUUGAAGACUUCGAAAAUGCUGUCUGCCACAAGGAAAGUAAUGUGGUUCUUAUCAUGGAGGUGCAUGCCUGUCUUUUCCGGUUCCUCAUCAGUGAACGUGGGGAUAAUUUCAAAGCUUUGCAGAAAAGGAGUCGCAAGUCAAAGAUAACAUUGAUCACAUGGGGAGAGUAUCUUUGUGAUUUCUUGGAAUCAGUCGACGCUUCUGAUUUGUGCAUUGACCUUGGAACGAUUAGGCGGGGACAUUAUGGUCUUUUGGACCCAAUUGUAAAAUUGAAAAUCUUAAGAGAAAUAGUGAACCAUAUAACUGUAACAAGUAUGUUCAAGGGGGAAAUAGAUGAGCUUGUUGAACAACGGCAUGCCCUUGGAGCUGCUAGAAGAGAAGAAGCGUUGACAGAGGCCCGACAGAAAAGAGAGGAGAAAGAACGGUCCAAAACUGGCGAGGAAUCUAAUGGAGUUUUAGACAAUAGUAGGUUGGAGAUAAAGAAAAAUAGCUCACAAGUAACAGAAAGUAGUGAAGACAGCGAAAAGAAAGAGAGCACUGCAGGGGGAAGCAAGAUGGAGAAUGGGUUUGUUUCUUCAGAAAAUUUUGAAAAAUCAGAGAAAAGGCUUAUGGGGAAUGUCUAUCUGAGAAAGCACAAAAGGCAGAUGACGGGUAUUAAAAUCGAACCAAAGGAGGAGGAGAAGGGGGAGGAAGAUGAAGAUGAAGAUGGAGCAGAGGAGGAAGAGGAGGAGAAAGGAUUUUCAGUGAAGAAGCAGGAGGCAAAAUCAGCAAGUGAAGAUGAGAAAGGAACUUCGGAAAGGAGGGGGCCCGAACAGAGGAGGAAAUACUAUGAACGAGAGAUGGAGAAAAUAGUCAUACGUACAAACACCUUAGGUAAAGAUCGGGAUUACAACAGGUACUGGUGGUUCCGAAGCAAUGGUAGGAUAUUUGUUGAGGAUUCUGAUUCCAAAGAAUGGGGCUAUUAUACCUCCAAGGAAGAGCUCGAUGCAUUGAUGGGAUCACUAAACCGUAAAGGAGAGAGGGAACUGUCAUUACAUAUACAGCUAGAGAAAUUCUAUGACAGAAUAUGCUCUACACUACAAAAGAGGACGAAGGACAUUGCUCACAACAUAGAAAUGGAAGAAGCAGUGGUUAGGAGAUCUACCCGUGUCAGAGCUCCACUUCAUGAAAAUCCAGCUAGUGCCUUCUUGAGAUAUGUUAACAAGUGGAAAGAGGACUAAACACGUAGCAGAAUUCAAUUCUGUAUAGGAAAAGCUUGUAGUUGCAGUUGCAGCCAAAGCCAAACUUACCAUUUUCACCUUGCCUUCUCUGUUUUUUUUUUUUUUGGCUCAGUUUAGGGUUUAGUAGAGCUUUACAAUUUACAACAAAAAGGCAUAGCCUUAUGGUGAAAGGCAAAGCUUGAGUAGAAAGAUGGUGUUGGGUUUUGUUUUUUCACUGUUACCAUUCAUCAUCACCUUCUUUUCAGUACUCUUUGGAUCUGAGGUUCCAUUAUUUCUUUUUUGCCGGGGAAAUUAGAAGUUUUUAUUACGAUUUCUAAAAUGCUUCUAUAUUUUGGUUAGUGGCUA